CGUCCAUUUGGUGUCUGCCAAUGAUAAGUGUCAAAUGAUCGCGCUUGUUUUUCUUUAUUUGAAAACAUAUGCUAUUGGAGUUGUAAUAUAAUUACAGAAACAUUUCUGUAUUAGUUCGAAAAUAGUUUCUGUUUUUUUUAUUAUUAUUAAUCUUGAUUGGACAAGAAACAAAAUGUCAGAUGGUUCAAUACCGGGAAUAAAUCCUGGUCCAUCAGCUGAUUCAGCCGGUAAUACUCAAGACAUUGAAGUAAUGACAUUCCAUGGUGAUCAAUAUAUGAUUCCUGCUCUUCAUGUGUUUGGAAAAUGCCAUCUCAUUAGUGAAUUUGAGAAAAUCUCAUUUAUUGGUGAAGGAUCUUUUGGUGCAGUCUACAAAGCCAAAGAAAAACAGACAAGCAAAAUUGUUGCUCUCAAGAAGCUGAAAUUUCAAAAAGAAGAAAGCAUUCCGAGGAGUUUCCCCCGAGAAGCGAAUAUUCUGCAGACGUUGAAGCAUGACAAUGUAAUUAAAUUCCUUGGAGUUGCUGUUGGACGUUCCUUUGAUAGCACAUAUAUCAUUUUAGAGUUCUGCCCAUAUGAGCUUUCAAAAGUUACAGAUGAUGAGUUAGCAAGGAUUGAGAUUAACCACGCACACAUUAAAUGCAUCAUGUAUCAGCUGUUUUAUGGAUUAAAAUAUCUUCAUGAGAACUUCAUUUUGCACAGGGACUUGAAUGUGAAUAACAUUCUUUUUACUGAAAAUGGAAUUCUAAGAAUUGCUGGAUUUGGAAAUUGCCGACCUACAAGCAAAGAUGACCUGACUCCAAAUCCUGUGUCUAGAGGAUACAGUGCACCAGAAUUGCUAUUUGGAGCAACUAAGUACUCAACAGCUAUUGAUAUAUGGUCUGCUGGCUGCAUUUUUGCAGAACUCCUGUUAAAAAGACCUCUCUUCAAAAGUGAUUCUGAUAAUAAUAUGAUUUCGAAGUUAGUGGACUUGCUUGGAAGUCCAAAUGAAACCCGAUGGCCUGGUUUUUCACACCUACCUCUUACGGAGAAGUAUGAACUACGUGCUCAACCAUACAACAGACUGACUUUCAAGUUCAAUAAUCAACCCCCCACAUGCAUUGCUCUGUUACACAAAAUAUUUCUGUACGACCCCAACAGAAGAAUUACAGCGGGGAAAUGUUUGGUCAACUCUUACUUUAUUGACAGACCUACAGCUUGUACCCCGGAAUCUCUUGUGGCUCUUUUGAAAAAACCAGAUGAGAUAUAAGAAGAAUAUUGCAGAUUAGAAGAAGAGUUAUCGUUGAGAAUAACUAUAUUUUCUCUCCUCAUUCGGGGUCGUAACCACAACCGGAACCUCCAGUGAGGAAAGAAAAUAUUUUGAUGUAUUGGAGAUUUGGUUAAAUUUUUUUUUUAAAUAACUAAACAUUGUUAACGUUGUUAUGUUCUCACUUUUCAGCCCAGAAUUUAUCUAAUUAAGGAUACAUUUUAUUUAUAAUUAAACAAAAAAGUUAUUCCUGCGAAUGCAUCAAUGACUAAUGAGAUUUAUGUCAAUUCUGCUACCAGACGGCACCCUUUACAGAUUGAUUUAGAUGAAAAGCUUCUGAAAUGUUAUCAGAAAAUAUGAUUGAAAAAGGCGGUACUCGCGAGAGUGUUUUGUUAGAAUCCUGCAUUAGGAUAUUAUGGAAAAACAUUACGUAUAAAACGGUGAAUCAAAAGUUCUGAAGGGAGUGUAUUUUUCUAUCAAAAAAGUAGAUUUUAUCGUACUUUUUGUUGUACCACCCAAAGUUUUGGUAUAUAAAUUUUGUACGAGAUUUAACUCUUUUAAAACUAAAUGCUCAAAGUUUAUUGUCGCGACUUUUAAGCAUUGUGCAGGCAUUUUUCUUUAAAAGAAUCAUUUGUAUACUGAAUAGAUUAUUCCUGAUCUGUCUUGGUAGAGUCUAUUUAUUGAUUCUAGUAAGAGAGGCUUGAAAGUUGUCUUGUUGCCAAUUAGUAAUUUUGGAAGAAUCAUUAAAAAUCUUUAAUUUUUUCCCUCAUCAAAAUAAAUAAAAUUUAAAGAAUUUAAAUAGUAAAUUUGUGAAAAAUUUUAAAUUCAACAGAAGUGUGAAGCAUCUCAUUCAGAAGUGUGUGAUUGUGGAUCCGAGACUAAUGAAAGAAUUUUUUGAAGCUUUGAAUAAAAAUAGUAACUGCUUCAAUAUUUAAUUGAUGUUUUUUUACAUUUAUUAGGAUGUAAAAUCAAACAUGAUUAGGGAUUGCAAUACCGGACCAAAAUUUCAAUACCGGUAUUCGGUAUUUUUUAAAUCUUAAUACCAGUAUUAGAAAUUUUGGAAAAAGAAAGAAAACACAGGUGUUUCUUUUUUUUAUUUACCAGUUUUGUAAGAGAGUGUAAAUAUCACAAAAAAUAAUUUGUAACUUAUAAAUUAACUUAUAAACAGUAUGUAAUCACAAAAAAGUAAAGAAACAUCUUAUUUAUUUAAAUAACAAAAAAAGCGUAAAUAUCACUAUUCAGUUUGUGGUACUAUUACAAAUUUUUGAAAUGUGAUAAAAAAAAAAUAAAUGCAUCAACUGUACUGCCAUUAAGCCUGAAAAGUAAUUUUGUGUAAAAAUUACCAGCUGUCGAAAACGCUCUUUCGGCAUCUACGUUAGUUGGUGGUACUGUUAGCAAUGCGCGAUAUACUUUUCCUAAGUAUUCACCUUUAAAUCCCUCAUCAUCAAAUAAAUCGAUUUUUCGUCGGAUGGUUUUGGAUAUAACUGAUUUCUGUAUUGUGUAAUUUUCUGUGUGUGUCUGUAUUGUAAAAAUUUCUAGUAAAUACCGAAAAACCGGUAUUUAAACUUGUGAAUACAAAAUUGUACAAAUGGCUUAAAAUACCGGUAUUCGGUAUACCGGUAUUGCAAUCCCUAAACUUGAUGUAUUCAUUGGCCAGAUAUAAGACGGUAAUGAACGAGGGAAAAAAGAAACAGAAAAAGCAAUUAUUAAUUUCAAAGACAUCUUUUUAAAAUCAUGUAAUUACAAAGAUCUCAACAAUACAAAAGUAUUGGAAAAGUGCUGCAAAAUCUAAAUGAGCUGGAUUGUAACAUGAGCUUAAAAAUACAUUUUUUACGCUUCCUUCUUGAAUAUAUACCUGAAAAUCUUUUUACAUUCAGUAAGGAACAGCGUGAGAGAUUUCAUGAAGGUAUAAAAUACAUGGAAAGAUGAUGUCAAGGACACUGAUGUGUGAAUUUGAUAACUGUUAAAAAGAGACUUUGAAUCAAUUUCAGAAUCUAAAGAACAUAAGAAUUCUGUUGAAGAGUGUGUCUAAUUUUUUCAAUCUAAUUUUUGAAUAUUUUUCUGACAUUCGUAUUAUUUAUUUUAUUCUUUCAAGUAUUUUCAUAAACAAAUUUAUUAAAAUAAUGAAUAUUUUGUAAAUUGAAUUUACAAUUUUUAAAAAAAUGCUUCUAAUUUGAAAUUUUUAGUUUCACAAUUCCUUAUGUGACACAGAAAAAUGGAAAAUAUAUUUG